CCGGUAGCAACCGGGGGUGAGGUGGAUGCGCAAUCUUUCAACGCGGUUGAAGCUUGGAAGCAUUCUGACUUCCUUUGCCGAAACUACGUGUUGAACGGGCUGCAUGAUGCUUUGUACGACGUGUAUAGCAAAUUAGCUACGGCUAAGGAGCUAUGGAAUGCUUUGGACCACAAAUAUAAAAGCGAGGAUGCCGGCGCAAAGAAAUUUGUUGUUGGUCGAUUCCUUGACUUUAAAAUGGUGGAUUCGAAGACGGUCUUGAGUCAAGUUGAGGAGAUGCAAAUGAUCUUCAACGAAAUUCGAGAUGAAGGAAUGACAGUUAGUGAAUCUUUCCAAGUGGCGUCAAUUAUCCAUUUAUUGCCGCCGUCUUGGAAGGAUUUCAAGAACUACCUUAAGCAUAAGCGAAAGGAAAUGAACUUGGAGCAAUUGAUCCUCCGUCUGCGGAUUGAAGAGGAUAACCGGAAGAACGAUGGGAAACUCCCAAUUGUUCAUGGCGCCAAGGCCAACGUGGUGGAGCAUGCUAAAGGCUCCAAAAAUAAAAAUAAUGGGAAGAGCAAGCUCGGUCCCAAGGGAGGCGUUUCCAAGACGAAGUUCAAUGGAAAAUGCUUCAACUGCAACAAGAAUGGACACAAGUCCUCGGAUUGCAAGGCACCUCGGAAGAAGAAAGACUCCCAAGUCAAUUUGGUGCAAGGUGGGCAAAAGGAUGAAGACAUCAUCCUAGCGGCUGUGGUUACGGAAAUCAACCUCGUUGGAUCCAAUUCCAAGGAGUGGUUUGUGGACACCGGUGCAACCCGGCACAUUUGCUCGAACCGGGAGUUAUUCACAACUUUUGAGCCAUCAAAUGGUGAGAAAGUGUGGAUGGGUAACUCGGCUCAUUCCGCUGUUGAAGGCGUGGGCAAGGUGGUCCUGAAGAUGACUUCGGGCAAAGAGCUGACUCUCAACCAAGUGCUGUUUGUUCCGGAAAUACGCAAAAACCUGAUUUCCGGUUCGUUGUUGAACAAGCAUGGCUUCCGCAUGGUUUUUGAGUCGGACAAACUGGUUUUGUCCAAAUCGGGAAUGUAUGUGGGCAAGGGAUAUACAUGUGAUGGGCUUUUUAAGCUCAAUGUAAUGACUAUUAUUAAUAAUAAUAAUAAAAUCCCUUCUGCUUACUUGCUUGAGUUUUCUAAUGUGUGGCA